CUGCUAACAUUUUAGAUGCUAAACAGGGAAGGGUGGUCGUCGUGUUUUUUAAUUUAAUUUACUCGGACUGUUGAGCUUUAUACACUAUUUGUUUCGCCACCCCUAGUCGCUAACCUAAAUUGAUGUUGAAUGAAUUCGGCAUGGAGAGAAUAGCGGAGCAGUCGUGGAAUUCUUCAUACACCUAUCAGGUGAGCAAUCAUAGCGCGGAGAUGCUACACAACCUCAACAUUCAGAGGAAAGAUGGAGGCAGGUUUUGCGAUGUGAUCUUGCGCGUUGGCGAAGAGAGCUUCCCUGCCCACAAGGCGGUACUGGCGGCGUGCAGCGAGUACUUCGAGUCCGUUUUUGGUUGUCAACCGGAGGGCGACGGGGAGGCAAAAGAACUCGAGAUGCAUACGAUAAGCCCCAAAGUUUUUAAAGACAUUUUGGACUUUGUCUACACCUCUAGGAUUGUGGUACGAUUGGAAUGUUUCCCCGAGUUGAUGACAGCUGCUAAGUUUCUGUUAAUGCGUUCUGUCAUCGAGAUAUGCCAAGAAGUAAUAAAACAGUCCAAUGUACAAAUCCUUAUACCACCCUCUCGAGGAGGCGACGUCAGUUUGUUCCGUGCCACGGGGGGCUCUGAAUUGGGUUUCAAAUUAGCGGUAGACAUGUCAAAUGGGAAUGGCUUGUUGGAAAAUAGCAACAAUGGGCACACACAUAAUGUGGACGGAAGUCAUGCCAAUGACACUCUUGUUUCGGAUAGCAGCCCCCAGUCCACUAUUCCAGUUCUGCAGCCCGCGUCUCCAUCAGAGAAGACGGGCAACCCGUUCCAUGAAGAGGGAUCUCCGGGUUCUAAGAGAGGCAGGGGACGACCAAAGAAAGCGACAGCCAUAGAGCAUAUACAUUAUAACCACAGCACCUCUGACGUUAAAGACAUUGAGCAGCUAUUUCCUUGUGGAAUAUGUGGCAAAGCAUUUACAGAGGCUGUGCGGUUGAGAAAUCACGAAGCGCAGCAUGGAGCGUCCAGCCAUGGCGCGAGUAGCGGAGGCGGCCCUACCUUGAUAACGCACUCUGGUCAGCCCGGUCUGUUGGAGAAUGGCAUGCCCUUGCAUGGAACUGUAGAUAUCAGCCGUAAACGAGAGAGGACGAGACGUCACGUUGGCUGUGACAUUUGUGGAAAGGUGUUCCGGGAUGUCUACCACCUGAACCGACACAAAUUGUCUCAUUCCGGGGAAAAGCCAUAUGCGUGCCAUGUCUGUGGCCUGCGAUUCAAGCGCAAGGAUAGGAUGUCAUACCAUGUGCGGUCACACGAUGGAUCUGUGGGCAAACCUUACGUCUGUCAAAGCUGUGGAAAGGGGUUUUCAAGGCCAGACCAUCUUAAUGGACACAUCAAGCAGGUUCACACAACAGAGAGACCCCAUAAGUGUCAGAUUUGUAAUGCCUCCUUUGCUACGAGAGAUCGUCUGCGGUCCCACCUGGCUUGCCACGAGGACAAGAUCCCGUGCCAGGUAUGUGGGAAGUACCUACGGGCUGCGUACAUGACCGACCACCUCAAGAAACACAGUGAAGGACCUCACAACUACUGUAGCAUAUGCAACAAAGGUUUCUCCACUGCAUCCUACCUUAAGGUGCACGUAAAAACGCACCACGGCUCGCCAUUGCUCCCCGCUACCGCCCCAGCACACGGUGCCUUCCCCGAGGCGCAGAACCACGGCGGUGCCCUCUACCACACGGGACGCCAGUGCGCAGUGGAAGACCUGUGCACCAGUCGCCGGCUGCUGGUCACCUUUCAAGAGGCAGAGGGUCACUGCUUUCUCCCCCAGCCCGGCCCUCCCUUCCUGGGCCUGCAGCCCGAGCUGCUACUGGGGAAACCAGGUCUUGGGGGGGCUCCGUAUUUCUGGGAAUGCUCUGCCGGCCCACCUGGGUUCCAACCCCUCCACGGGCCUCUGCCAGACGGGCAAGAGAAUGCCGGGAAAUGUCCCCAUCAGGGAGAAUCUGAGGGAGACGAGCCGUCUUUCAGGGAGCUGUCCAAUGGCGACGAGAUGAAAUCUCCGCAUAAGUCUGAGGGGGAGGAGCUUGGGUCUCCCACACCAUUCGCCUGCAACGGAGCCUCUGCUGGUACUGGGACAGUGCCGGGGUCGCCACCAGGUGGCGCUAAAACCAAGACCAGCCAGGACUCUCCAGAGAAAAAGUUCCCCUGCAGCGAGUGCACCCAGACCUUCCGAACAAAAUCCUACCUCAACAAGCAUGUCAACAGAGUGCAUCAUCAUGGGGUCCAGAAGAGUCUGGCGGUGGCUGCAGGGUCUGGGUCAGGUCUGGGGGAGCUGGGUCCUUCGCUGGGCUCGCCCUUCUCCCCACAACAGAACAUGUCUCUGCUGGAGUCGUUUGGCUUCCAGAUUGUCCAGUCUGCCUUUGCCUCGUCGCUGGUGGACUCUGAGGCAGGGCAUAGUGGGAUGGACCUUGGGGGGAAGUGACCCUUACGCCCUAGGUCUGUUCAGCCUAUCAGAUGGAAGGGAAUGAUGUUGUCUUUAGACUACUUUGCUGUUCAUUGCAUCAUCUCUCACUGUCGUUGUUUAUCACCUUUCUGUGUCAUGGACCUCACUAUUACUAUCAAUAUAAGUGUUCCAUUUCAUAGCAAUAUAUAAAAUGUACAUAAACGUGAAUCAUUUUAACAUUAAUCAACUUCAAAAGCUUUUUUGAAUCUGCUGUCUGUCUUUGAAGUCUACCAUCAUGUUUUUGUCUUUUAUUGUAUUUGUAUUGUUUAUGACAUGACCAUCCGCUUAUGAUCCAUUACCAAACACAUGCACAUAUAAGAAACAUAUAUUAGUCAAAGCUGUUAUUGUUGUUAUGUCUGGUCCAGGGUGUUUUCUCAAUUAAAAUGGGGCUUAGGUGGUGGAUGUGGCAGUGGGUGUGGCCAUGGAGUCCCGAUUGGGCACCGAGAGAGGGGGGGGAAGGGGGAGAUUUCCUGCGAUUGUACACACUUUACCAUGGCUUAUGCACAUUCUUAUGCUAGCUGAGUAACUCAAACAUUAAAACAAAAUCAAUGGGGGACUUUUUUUUUUUUUUUACAUUUUAGUUUCUCCCUGACUGUCUAGUUUUUUUUAUUUAGAUCCAAAGAGGAUCUGUUUGAAAAUAAAUAUGCCCAGGUCCAUUAUCUUUUCAACAUACGUUAUAUCUGGUUUUGGCCGUUUACACUGAAAACGUUUUCACUGUUUGGAUUUAGCCAAGACUUUUCUAUGCAGAACAAACCCUGAGGUCCUAGUCAUAUUGGUAAUCUGUGGGUUAGUACAUAUGUUGACUGGGCCAUUUUGAAAUGCUUUGUUAUCUACAUGGUUUUCACAGCUGCAGUGACACCUUCUAACCCAAGGUUCCCCCUUACUUCAGACAGAGCCUCUGAUGGGAAGAGGCUGCAGAUGGACAUCUAGUCCAACUCCGAAUAUAAAGGAAAGGGAGAUACCUAGUCAGUUGUACGACCAAAUCCAUUCAACCGAAUAUAAUCAGUCAAUUCUACCAGUUUCUGCAGGGCAAGAAUAUAACCUUAUGCCUCAGUAUGGCUGUUACAUUUGAUAAUGUUGUAUUCUCUUAUUAUGACAUUUUAAAGAACCGAUGUAUUUGUUAGUCACAUACUUGUGAAAUCAGUUCUGGAUAUUCAACAGGGACCAAGUUCAGGUUUGACUAUUAGAAAUCGUGAGAAAUGUAGAAUAUAUAUUUUAUUAACUUAUUGAUUGCCCUGUCCGUGUUGUGCACAAAGUUGUUUUAUUUUUUAUAAAUCAACGUUUGAGAUGUCGAUGUGCUGUGCUGAUUUUACUCUAAGUAAUGCUAGAUACGGGAGGCCUUCUAGGGAGCGACAAAAAUAGUAUGUAUGCUGAAAUAUCUGUGUGUGUGCGUGUGUGUGUGUUUGGUGCUCUGAUAUGUGUGCUUUUGUCCUCAGAAUGUAAUCAACCAGAAGGCUUUUGAUCUUUAAUUUGUUUCAGAUAAUUUUGCUCUAUUACUUUCAGUACAUUCCUGCUUUUAUUUAUAGUUAUAUUGUGAUUGUAAUGAGUGUAUAUAACAUUCAUAUAUAUGUAUAUAUGAAAUGCGUAUAUAUGUGAUCAAACCUAAUGAUUGAUUUUAAUAGUUUGUCAAUUAAUGGGGAUCCUGUGUGUAUAUAUAUAUAUGUGUAUAUAUAUAUAUAUAUAUAUAUAUAUAUAUGUUUUUUUCCUUCCUUGACAAUGAUAGAAAGAGGUGUAGGUUUUGGUGGUGGUGGUUUGAUUUGAGAGGUUUUCCUCACAGUGCACACCCAUGGUCUGCUGUGUACUGUUCUGGAUAUAAAUGUUUUUUUGGGGUGUGGAUGGUGACGGAGGUUUCACUGUUGACUGAAGACAUGGGUUCAAAAAGUACUUGAAAAGCAUUUGCUUGAGUCUGGCUGGAGUGACUGAUGGAUGGGUUUGCACUUUUGGGACUCUUCUAUUGUGCCAGGCAAGCUAAAUCAAGUACUAUUUGAACCCAGGUCCAGUUCACGGGGCUGUUACCUGGCUCUGGUAGUGUACACUACCAGUUUAGUGAUAGGACCCAUGGCUUUGAUCAAUCAGUCUGUUUAGGUCAUAUUAAGCUCUUUUUAUAUCCCCACUAAAUAGUGAGGCUUUUCACACAGCGAAUGGAGUAAAAAAUCAUUUAUAUAGGCCUGUUUUGUGUUAUUUAUUGGAUAAGUGAGAGACGAUGCUGUUUAGAAAUAUGCCCUUAUAUAAUUGGUGGUUGUGGCAACACUUGGGAUCGCCCAUACAUGCUAAUCAAAUCAUCUGGUGGUAUUGUUUUAUUUAUCUCAUCUGCUUUGGUACUUCAAUUUAUAGAUGUUUUGAUUGAUUGCUUGGAUACUUACCUUUGCUGUUUUCUUGUCUUAUUCUGUUGGUCUGUUGCAAAGUGCCUUCCCAAUACUGAUUGUGCACGGCAGUGGAUUUGAAACGCGAGAUAAAAAAGGACCUUUCUCUUGAAAUGGUGAAUCAUGCGCAGAUUGACUUGCAAUGACACUUUUGUACGCAUAAAAACAUGCACACACAGAAGAUGUACAUUUGUAUAUGUAUGUUACCUUGGUAUUUUGUCUCUGUACUCUGCAAGAUCGUUGAACUUAAAAAAUAAAUAAAAAAUUGGAGAUACAUGUUUUGUUAUAAAACCUUUGGACAUAUUUCAAUAUAAGCAUACUUUUCUAUAGAUGUCUGUUUUUGUACACUGUUUUUGAGUCUGUCAUCUCUGUCUAAUUGAUACAGAGAUGGGGAUUCAAUAAAGAUGUAUCUGAAACUGUU